AUGGCGAUCAUGCAAUUGGAGCAGUCAGUUCACGUCACGUCCAUGGCUAACAUGAAUGGGACACAGCUUCCUGUCAAUGCAGUGAACCAGCCUCUGACCAGCCCCAACAUCUCCAGCAGCUCUUGGAAAGAAGAGGCCAUCAAGGGAAUCCAGAUCACAGCCACUCUGCUCAUCUUUCUGGUGGGCAUCUCUCUGAAUGGGCUGGUGGUCUGGGCACUCGGCCUGCAGCGUCACAACCACUUGAAGCGCAGAGGCAGCGGCGAGCAGACGCGUGCCGCCAGCAGCUUCCGCAUCUAUGUACUGAACCUGGCCCUGGCUGACUUGGUGCUUCUCAUGCGGACCCCACUCAUGUUGGGCUACAUUGCGCACGACUACAGCUGGCCUUUUGGUCAUCUCUUCUGCCGCUUCAUCAUAUUCCUGCGGGGCCUGGGGCUGUACGCCUCCGCCUUCCUUCUCUGUGCUGUGGCGUUGGAGCGAUGCCUGUGUCUGCUGAGACCUGUGUGGGCUCGACUGCGACGGCCUUCCUGGGCUGUUCCUCUGGCCUGUGGACUCGUCUGGCUGGUAGCCACCAUCAUGUCCGCCCCCUACUUGCACAGCGCCGUCCUGUUGGAAAUUAAAGGAAAAUACCAGUGCCUAGAGAGCGGAGCCUUUAACAUGGGGCUGUUUCUCACAGAGACGAUAGUAGGUUUCAUCCUGCCCCUGCUCGUGUUCCUGGGAAGCAACAUGGCCGUCUUACUCACCAUUCAGCAGCAAGCACCUCCUCCAACACCCACCUCCUGCAGCUCUUCAACUGCACGCAGGAUGACCAGGAUGUACCACGUGCUCUUUUUCACCAUGCUCCUCUUCCUCACCUGCUGGGUGCCCUAUUUUGUUUGUCGGUUCCUGCGAGCCUUGGCCGUGGGUAACCCUGGUUGGACCAAGCUGUAUCGAGGAUCGUUAAUCGGCACAUACAUAUCACUGUACCUGGUGUACAUCAAGAGCGCUCUUAAUCCUGUGCUCUACGUGUUUGCUGCCAGAGGCUUAAGCCGGGCUGUCAAAGCUUCACUUGUCUCCACGAUUGAGCGACUUUUCAACGACGACUCCUCAGAGUCCAUACGGAGGAAGUCACUGAAGAACUCACGGAUGUAACCCGAGGGGUCAACAGUCUGAGUUUUAGCCUGUUUUGUUAGUUCAAAACAUAAAUGCUUUUCAUAUUUG